AUGAACCCGAUUUCAAAAACAACAGAAACGGACAUCUUGGCACCGGGGUGUGUCACAAAUCAUUCACAACAACUGUCCCCGGCUGACAAUUCGACCACAACCGAUGACUCGCUACAGCACCAAUUCUCAACCAUACAUCGUCAGUAUUCGGGAAAAAGUACAGCGACCGCUGCCGUAAUGGCGGCAGCCGCGGCCGCAGUCGCUGCUCAGGCUGGAACAAUCAAUCGUAGUAGUAUCACGGGUUCUAACAACAACCCACCACAAUUCAUGACCCCUGAAACAACCGAUGCUCAGCUCGACAGUAAACCAAUGAAUCUGGGUGUACCAGCAACACCAUUGGCUGGGGAAGUGAAGUGCAACGGUGACCCAACGUCUGGCCCACUAUCAGCUUAG